AGUGACCUGGCGAAGUUUAGAGGCUGUAUAAGCAACAUAUAAAAAGGAAACAAUGUAUAAAUGACUCUAAUAUGUAGAUACACUCGUCAUCUAUCGUGCCAAAUAUAUUUUAUUUUUUAAAAUGUCUUUCUAGGUGAUUUUUAAGCGGUUUUUAUGUGCAAAGAAAACACAACUGAGGAGACGCCGGCAGUUGGCGACAUGGUUGACUCUCCACGGUUCUCAUGAAGGGUUUAAGUACCGCCUCUGGCUAUGGGAAUCUUAUCACUCGUCAGACUUCCUAGCUCACUGGAACGAAGCGAAUCCUAUUGCAGCGAACAUGGCAGAAGUAGCACCAGCUCCAGCCGCAACCCAGGCGAAAACGACCAAGAAGAAGUCCGCCAAGCCCAAGGCCCCCGGAACAAGCGUCAGCGAGCUCAUCGUUAAGGCCGUGGCCGCGUCCAAAGAGCGUAAAGGCGUCUCUCUUGCCGCCCUCAAGAACUCUCUGUCAGCUUCCGGUUACGAUGUAGACAAGAACAGGGCCCGCGUCAAGCUCGCCGUCAAGAGCCUGGUGACCAAGGGGACUCUGGUCCAGACCAAGGGAACCGGCGCUUCCGGAUCCUUCAAGAUGAACAAGAAGGCCGAAGUGAAGCCCAAAGCUGCCGGUAAAGUUAAGACCGUCAAGAAGCCCGCGGCGAAGAAGCCUGCGGCGAAGAAAGCCGUGACACCCAAGAAGGCUGCCCCCAAGAAGCCCGCUGCCAAGAAAUCCCCCAAGAAGGCCGCAAAGAAAGCGACAACCCCCAAGAAGGUAGCAAAGAAACCCGCUAAGAGCCCCAAGAAGGCGGCUAAAAAAGCUCCAGCGGCUAAGAAAGCCCCCGCUGCCAAGAAGAGCCCCGCCAAGAAGGUGACCAAGCCUAAACCCAAGAAGGCUCCCAAGAAGAAGUAAUUCCAUUCAACACUUCCCUUCAAAAAGGCUCUUUUAAGAGCCACCACAUUGCCUUUGGAGAGCAGUAUCAUUCCUUGAUUUACUUGUAUUGCACACAAAAUGCCAUCGUCCAAUCCCCAUGUACACACUAAAUGUAUUUACUAACAAAUAAGACAAUACAACACAAAAACACAUCAACAUAAUGUAGGCCUUUUACUGUAAUAGUUUGUCACCAGCAGGUGGCAGCAGAGUCCACAUUAAACUGGCAGCAUUGCAUAUACAGUACUACUACAAAAACAUUACCUUACAAAUCCCCUACAUGGCACGCUUCGCGUUUGUGAAUAUAAACCUUUAUGUGAACAGUGCUCAUUUCGAUACGUUGGAAUCAUUUUUGUAACACUAUUUAAAUGGAGAUUGCUAAAUCAGCCCGAAGCCUCGAAGUUUGUGUCAGACUUCCUGAUUCACACUGCUUCAAAAUAGUGCUUAGGACUUUGUGUAGCUCUGCGAAUACCACGUGACCGAUUACUUUCGACGCUUCCUACGUCACAGCACGCAUUGCCGGUUCGAAACCAACCGCCGCCUGUCAUUGCUUUGCCGGGUUAUUUUGUGUUUGCAAUAACCACCAAGCAAAUGAACAGUGUUGACUUUGACUUGUAAUGAGAG